AUGGAAGAUCGGCUGCAGCAUCAUCAGGGGCUAAGGGCCAUCUCCGCUCAGUGUUCACACACACAUGUGGAUGAGGAGGAGAAGGAGAAGAAGGAGGAGGAUGAUAUGGUGCAAGCCAAGACGUUCAUUGUGCUGAGUGUACUGUUGGCAGUGGUGGCGUGUGCCAGCCUGGACAAGCCAGCUUCCACCAAGGAUGCGGCUCAGGAGGAGCAAAAGCCGAAAACGCACGGUAAACGUGGUUUGAUCGAUUACGGUUACGGAUACGCCAAAGAACCGGAGCUACAGGGUGGCUUUAAGCCAUCGUUCGGUUAUGAUGUCAGUUCGAACCAGUACGCGGCCCUGUACUACAAGGAACCGUCCUCGUCGGGUACGUUCAGCUGGAAGGACGAGAAGCACACGGUCAUCACGAAGAAGGUGCCGGUCCCAUACCCAGUCAACAUCGAGAAGCAGGUGGUGAUCGAGAAGAAGGUCCCGGUACACAUUGACCGGCCCGUCCCUUAUCCGGUCGAGGUGGAGAAGAAGGUCCCGGUGUACGUCGAGAAGCAGGUGGCGGUGCAUGUGGAUCGUCCCGUGCCAUACCCGGUCAAGGUGCCGUACCGUGUCGAGGUGGAGAAGAAGGUACCGGUGUACGUGGAGAAGAAGGUGCACGUUGAUCGGCCCGUCCCAUACCCGGUGAAGGUGAAGGUUCCGGUGUACCACAAGGUAGAGGUCGAAGUCCCGAAGCCGUACCCAGUUCACAUCCCCAAGCCCUACCCGGUGUACAUCGAGAAGGAGGUCGUGAAGCACGUCGACCGCCCGGUGCCGUACGAGGUCGAGAAGAAGGUCCACGUUCCGGUCAUCCAUCGUGUCGAGAUCGAGAAGCCGUACCCGGUGUACGUCGAUCGGCCAGUGCUGGUCGAGAAGGCGGAAUCGCAUGAACACAACCAUGAGCAGAGCCACGAACAGAGCCACGAGCAGAGCCACGAACGACCAGUUGGCAUCAAGUCGACCGAUUUCAUCUCGGAACCCCUUCACGCCCACACCGAGCACGAGCAGCACUAUGGUGAGGAAUCGCAGAAGAUCGAACGGAAGGUCGAACAGGAACAGCAGAAGUCAGGCUCGGCAGCGGCUACCAUGGAACAUCCGGCAUCCGCUAGUUCCGACAAAAAGUCCUCCGACAGUGAAGCAUCCCAGUAG